UAUAAUAAGAUAGAUAAUAUUGGGUUUGUAUUUAUGUUUCAAACAAAAGAGCAAAGGAAAUUAAUGAGUCUUGCUCAAGUUCAUCCAAUUGUAGAUAGUGAAUACCUAAUUAAACCAGAUAUUUUUAUAGUUGAUAAUGCAGAAGAAGAAAUCAAGGAAGACCUCUGGAAAUUAUUGAAGACAGAAAGAUGGAAUGAUGCAGAGACCAAAAAAUAUAUUAGAGAAAUAAUUCAAAAAUAG